GCCAUCUUGGCUCCACUCAUAGGAGAAGCAGGUUAGAGCAUCUAAACCCGGGUACGUUGGUUUGAGCCACAAUGGGGAUGUUUUCUUCCCGUGACAGUCGGGUGUCUGGCAGGUGAUUAGCACAUAGAGAAGCUCCUCCUCAGCCUGCUACGUAAGAGAAACCUGGACAACUGCAUUUCAAGACAAGGACAAAAUCUAGCAAGAUGGAUACCUCAAAACUUCCUAAGAUCCGGGAUGAGGAGCGAGAAAGCGAGUUUGGUUUUGUGCACGGGGUCUCUGGACCAGUCGUGACAGCGACUGCGAUGGCAGGAGCAGCCAUGUACGAGCUGGUUCGUGUGGGUCACAGUGAGCUGGUGGGAGAAAUCAUUCGUUUAGAGGGAGACAUGGCAACCAUCCAGGUCUACGAGGAGACGUCUGGUGUGUCUGUAGGCGAUCCUGUCCUCAGAACUGGAAAACCCCUCUCUGUAGAGCUUGGACCGGGAAUCAUGGGCUCUAUCUUUGAUGGUAUUCAGCGUCCACUGAAAGAUAUCAAUGACCUCACUCAAAGUAUCUACAUCCCCAGAGGAGUAAACAUUGGGGCUCUUAACAGAGACUGCAAGUGGGAGUUCACCCCCGGCCAGAGUCUGCGGGUUGGCAGUCAUGUGACAGGUGGUGACAUCUACGGUAUGGUGUUUGAAAACUCACUUAUUAAGCACAAGCUGAUGCUUCCACCUCGAAACAGGGGUACCGUGACCUACCUCGCCCCACCGGGAAACUAUGACCUCUCAGAUGUGGUUCUGGAGCUUGAGUUUGAAAGUGUGAAGGAGAAGUUCACCAUGGUGCAGGUGUGGCCAGUACGACAAAUCCGCCCAGUCACAGAGAAGCUACCUGCUAAUCACCCGCUGCUAACUGGUCAGAGAGUUCUGGAUGCACUCUUCCCCUGUGUGCAGGGCGGCACCACUGCUAUACCAGGGGCCUUUGGAUGUGGAAAGACUGUGAUCUCGCAGUCGUUGUCCAAGUACUCCAACAGUGAUGUCAUCGUUUAUGUCGGCUGUGGAGAGCGUGGAAAUGAGAUGUCUGAGGUGCUGAGGGAUUUCCCAGAGCUUACUAUGGAGGUGGAUGGAAAGGUGGAGAGCAUCAUGAAGAGAACAGCUCUGGUGGCUAAUACAUCCAACAUGCCUGUGGCUGCUAGAGAGGCUUCUAUUUACACAGGGAUCACACUGUCGGAGUACUUCAGAGAUAUGGGAUAUCAUGUGAGCAUGAUGGCCGACUCCACGUCUCGUUGGGCUGAAGCUCUUCGAGAAAUCUCUGGAAGAUUAGCUGAAAUGCCUGCUGACAGUGGAUAUCCUGCUUAUCUGGGUGCCAGGCUCGCCUCCUUCUAUGAGCGCGCUGGACGGGUGAAGUGUCUGGGAAAUCCAGAGAGAGAGGGAAGCGUCAGCAUCGUAGGAGCUGUGUCUCCCCCUGGUGGAGAUUUCUCAGACCCUGUCACGUCAGCUACACUGGGUAUUGUUCAGGUGUUCUGGGGAUUGGACAAGAAGCUGGCUCAGAGGAAGCACUUUCCGUCUGUAAACUGGCUGAUUAGCUACAGCAAGUACACAAGAGCUCUGGAUGAAUAUUAUGACAAACAUUUCCCUGAGUUUGUUCCGCUCCGUACUAAAGCCAAAGAGAUUCUACAGGAGGAGGAAGACCUGGCUGAGAUCGUGCAGCUUGUGGGCAAGGCUUCUCUUGCUGAAUCUGAUAAAAUCACUCUGGAAGUUGCAAAGCUCAUUAAGGAUGACUUCCUGCAGCAGAACGGUUAUACCCCCUAUGACAGGUUCUGCCCCUUCUACAAAACUGUCGGCAUCCUCUCAAACAUGAUCUCUUUUUAUGACAUGGCCCGACAUGCUGUGGAGACCACAGCACAGAGCGACAACAAAAUCACCUGGGCAAUGAUCAGGGAGCACUUGGGAGAGAUCCUUUAUAAGAUCAGUUCCAUGAAGUUCAAGGACCCCGUGAAGGAUGGUGAAGCUAAGAUCAAAGCAGACUUCGCCCAGCUGUUGGAGGACAUGCAGAACUCCUUCAGGACCCUGGAAGAAUGAGUUCGUCACCUCUGAGUCCCUCUCCCAGAUAUCCAAACCCCAGUGCAGUGCAACAUAGUACAGUUAAAAAGGCCCCCGUUCUUAAUGUCAGCCUCAGUCGUGUGACCUCAUUUUAUUCCGCCGUGUUUACGUACCCCCGAACAUUCCGUGCCCUGCACAAAUAUUCAUGUCAUUUAAUUGAUUUUUGACUCAUCUACUUCAGAAUUGCAGUACUUGACUCUCCUUAGAUACCCCAAAUGUAGUUUUUUCUUCAAAUGUAGCAUCACCUUCACACAGCACAUCAAAGCACUUACAGAUCGCUGCAUUCUCGUGUUGUGGUUAAAUUCAGUGGGCCCCAAUCAGGUGCUGUACUUGCACUUAAUAUAAAGCUGCAACAAAGAGUGGAAGAGCUGUUUCUUCCCCCCCCCCCCCCCCCCCCCCCAAAAAACGACAGUGAUCAUUACAGACAAUUCAUCAAACAGGAACAUGCCCUGCAAGGGGACAGAUGCACUGUUGCUGUAUAUCAGGGGGUCAAAUGAGUUCUUCCAGCUCUUACCUCUUCAGUGUGAUAGUGAUGUUGUGAACUAUAUACUUGACGUUCUGUGUAUAAAUGUGAAUGAAUGUGUCUGUUAGGGUUGUGUUGUACCAGAUGUGUCAUUAUUGCCUCCAUGUAUGUUAUUGUCUCCUGAAUUAAAUGUAAGAAUAUGACUAAAGAUGAUUGUGUGAAUACCAACACCUGUUCUAUAAAGCAGAUAUGUUGUAUACAUUUUAUCUCUGAUGAUGGAAUUAUGGAAAUAAAUUUAUCUUCACCAGUAGAAA